GAUAAGAAUGAUUUCCAAUUUCAGUAUAAUUAGUUAAUAUUUUAUAAAUUAUUCACACUUUACUUUAUUAAUAUUAUUAAUGUAAAAUAGCUUGCUCAUUAAGAUGACUGAUGAUAAUACAAUUGAUGUUAAAAAUAACUUUAAUCAUCUGAUUAUUGAAGAAAAGAACAAACACACUGUGUAUUGCACAAAAUGCCCAUCCAAGAUUUUGUCAUCUACAAUGGGAAAGCAUUUAAGAAUCGAAUUCAAUCUUCCACACAUGUCUCAAAAAAAAAAUUGUGAGGCUGUUGAAUGCGAACUAUUGGCGGAUUACUGGAUGGUUCCAGAUAUGUAUAUGUUUGAUAAUAUUGGAUUUUCAAAGACUGUUGAAUCUGGCAUUAAAUAUCUUAUAUGUGCUGACUGUGAAAUUGGACCAAUUGGAUGGUAUGACGAUAACACUAAGCAAUCUUAUGUAGCACUGUCAAGAGUGAAACACACUGAAGAUUCGUGAUAUUUGAUCAAAUUGUAAAUACUUGAAACAUUCUAAUUUUAUUAUAAUAUUUAUAGAUUAAAAGUAAAAAACUUAAAAAUGUA